CGAGUCCAUAUCUAGGUACUUGAAGUCGCGCAAGAUGUAAAGUCGCGCGCGAGAACGCAACUCAUGAUAUAUGAUGGACGCAGGUUUAGGAGGAAGGAGUGGUAAAUUAAAUUGACCGUCACAGCUAGUGCAAAACAUAUGGGUCUUGAUUAAGUGGCCCAUGGUGUAUUGGUGUGUUUUGUAUGGAGAUUGACAGCCUUUAUCAUUUACUUGUCACUGUUGUCACUACUAAAUGUGUCAGUUAUUACCAGACAUCGUUUAUAGCAUUUUCGGUGCCGCGGAGUGGUGUUAACGGAAUUGGUAUUAGCAAUUUAAACCCUAAUGAUUAAUUAGCGUUAAUUACCUAUUAACCUUAAUUUACCAUUUCAUUUGGAAUUAUCUAUACCACUCCGCUGCACCAAAAAUGCAAAAAAAAAUACGAUGUCUACUUAUGUGCAAACUAUGUGUAUAAUGGGAGCAGUUUAUACCGCGAUGCAAGGCAAAGCAAUACUCGAGAGAAUGUGGGUGGUUACGAAGAUGGUUGUUUUUGUUUGGCAACCAGUUUUGCAACUGGUACGCCGGACAGGGCACGUGAUUAGUUGGAAGCUGUAAUUAUUGCAUGUGAAGAUUUGAGUAAAAUCAUAUCGGCGUCGUUAUAGAAAUAAUUCGCAAGAAUAUUCCAAAUAUGAAACGAUAAAAAAUAGCAUGAAGACGGUCGGGAAAGAGUAUUGCUCUGAAUCUUCGAUUUGUGGACUUAAACAUCUAGUAAACGAAAGCACGACGCACAUGGAGAGGAUCAUUUGGGUCAUAAUCUUGAUCAGUGCGUUGAUCUGUUCCGCAUCCUUGGUCUGGUUUACUUUUAGUAAGUACUAUAAGGCGCCUUUAGUGACCACUCAAAUGCCUGAAGGUGUCUCCGUUAGCACCAUCAUCUUCCCAGCUGUGGGAAUCUGCUCGAAUAAUAGGAUUAGCAAGCGAGCCGUUACCGAGCUUGCUGACAACUUACUUAAAGAGGAACGUAACAAGAAGUACAAUAAAACGGAGAUGAUGUCGCUCCUUUUUGGUCUGGGUCAGUUAUACAACUUGCAAGGCUUAAGUGGGGACAAUACACAAGCGAAGCAACUCCACAUCGCACUGGGUGAUUACGACGUCACGGAGCUAAUGCGAAAUCUGACCCCGCGUUGCGAGGAUUUGCUGUUGCGAUGUGCCUGGAACGAGAAGGCAGAGGAUUGCAAUCACCUGUUUAACUUCCGGCUGACUAUGAACGGUUUUUGUUGCACGUUCAACUAUCUACGACAGUCCGAUAUUUUUGAAGACAGAAACAGCGGCCAUCGAAGCAUGGACAUGUACAAGUACGGAAACAAGUCCAGUUUUGACUUCGAUAUGGGACUCAAAGUGCUACUUAAGAUAGAUGAUAGUGACGAUUUUUACUACAACAUUCCAUCUCUCGGUUCGACUUUACAGUUUUCAGAUGCUUAUGAUUUUCCUGAUGCACCAAGCGGAAGUUUUUCAAUGAAAAUAAUUAGCCCCAGCGUUCACAUGACAGUAAUGGUAACAGCGAGCUUCACCGAAGCCUCCCGCGACAUUCAGCACGUGUCCGUUAAGCUCCGCAGCUGUCUCUUCUACGACGAGUCCUCGUACCUGCCCUUCUACACGCACAGUGACUGCAUGCUCAAGUGUCGCAUGCUCUUCCUGCUGCAGAACUGCAACUGCACGCCUUUCAACAUGCCCAAGAUCAAUAAUAGGAGGACGUGUGAUAUGCGGGAUAUACCGUGCCUUGGGAUUUAUUUCGCUCAAUCCAUCACCGUCCGUCCCGAAGUGGACGAGAUACCACCAGAGCUGGAACUCGACAAGGUGGGCGGAGGGAUCCCCUGCCCCAUGUGCUACCCUUCGUGCUCCAAGACCCUGUAUUACUACGACUUUAACAACGUCGUCAUAUAUCCUAGCCACUUGAACAGCGUGCCGGAUGAAGAUAGAGAAAACUGGGUAGUUGGUGCCAACUACACUGGGGCGUCGAUUGUUCAUGUGAAAUACGCUAAAGAAGUGGCGGAUUGUUACGGACAAAACGUUAUUAUGAAAUGGUUCGAUUUAAUAAGUAAUAUAGGAUCAACCUGCGGCUUCGUCACCGGCUUCAGCUUCGUAUCCGUGCUCGAAUUCUUCUACUUCUUCACCGUGAAGUUGUUCCGCGAAGUGCACGCGCGCAGACAACGGCAGAGGCAACAAUACCUCACCGCCAUUCAACCCCCCACUCCCCACUUCAAGCCCAUCACGAGAUAUCGGCCUAUUUACUGGAACGAGCUGGGGAAUAAUGUGCAGAAAAAUCAACAGGAGCAUCAAUAAAUAAAAGAUAAAGAAAUCGUGAGGUGACCAAAUCGAUGCUGUAAGACGAGAAUUAUUAAUUGAGGAAUGAAGGGUUUAUUUGCUUGAGAAUUUGAUGAAUAUUAAUUAUAUCACAGAUGUUUGGCUUUUCCCACAGUUAAAUUGUAGGUAUUCGCACGGGUCACUGCACGGGUGAUAUAAUCUGGCUGGCCAUUAUUUUCGUUAACAGUAGAAGCAAAAGUCUAUAAGUACCUAUUAUAUCUAUAAGGUUAUCUUAUGAGUGAUUUGAAAAAAAAUUGUACAUAAUUAAGCGCAGUAAAAAGCAGUGAUUAGUCUGAAUUUAAUUUAUUCUAUUUAAUUAAUUUUCGUAAAUCAAUGGAAUCAAUUAAGUUUUGACUAAUUUCAGCUAGGUCAAAGAGUAUAUAGUAAGUAUAUUGAGCUAGGUCCUUAACUAUGUACAUUUUUUUCUGUUAUUCAAAUUUUAAGUGAUCGGUUGGAGACGGAGGUCAGACGGACCCGACAAAAUUAUAAGGGUUUGUGUCAUUUUGGCUGCGAAACUCUUAAAAUAAUUUUGAAGGGAUAUUGAUAAUGUUAGCAUAGGUUUAUUACGUCUAAGGUAAUUAUUUGUUAUAAAUACAAGAUUACAAUUUAAUAAUACGUAAAUUACGUAAUUACAAUUUUGUAAAUGAAUUAACAAAACGUCCAUGCAAAAUUAUAGUUUAACCAAAUCGCCUUAACCAAAAGGUUCGAAAAAUUUCAAUCUAUUGUUAAAAACCGCACAGACCACCUUUUAAACACAUACCAUCGUAUUAGAACAAUGUAUCUUUAAUAUUUGUAAUUAAAAAUUAAUUUGCGAGUAAUCUUAUCAGAAAUAAAUCAAAGCGCACGCAGAAAGGCAUUGUAAUGACGACAGAUAAAUCAAACAUCUGCGUAGUUUCCACGCUGGCGAUGGCGUCGAUAAAAUCUCUUUGUACCAAGCUUUGCCAUGGAAUGGGAUACGCAAUUAGUCUGAAUUAUUUAUUACCUUAUCAAGGUUCAAGAUCGCAAGCUCGGACCACGCUAUUAGGUUUAUUCGAUAUUAUAAUUAUACUGGUGAAGAGUAGAGUCGAAAUUGAGGCUUUAUCAUUAGUAUUGAUAAGAGUUUUCGAGAGUUAUGCUUUGUAAAUAUCUAGGUUAUAAUAGCCAUGGAGUUUUAUGGUAUGAUUUGACGCACUAAUAAAAUAAUUUGGAUGUGAAACGUUUUAUUUUGAGUUCAGUCGAGACACGUGCAACAUGGAUAUAAAAAUGAAAAGAUAUGUCGAAAUUUGGUGGAACGGCAUCAAAAGUUUGCCUGACACUACCUCUAUACACGGUUUCAGAUUUAUCGCCGAUUCUAAGCGACAUUGGGUUGAAAGGUAAGAUAUUUAAAAUAUCUAAUGCAAAAGAAAUAUCUCCUGCCGUAGAAUUUAAGAGUUUUUCCUCUUAUGGAGCAGUAUGCAGUAUGGAAUUCUUUAAUAAGGAGUGUACUUACAGAUUUUUACAAAGUAGGCAACACGCGUUUAACACCUCUGGAGUUGCAGGCCUCUAUAGGCUACAGUAACCGCUUACCAUCAGGCGGACCGUAUGCUUAUUUGCCACAUAAGUAGUAUAUAAAAGCAAUUCCACUGUUGUUGUUUAUUUCAGUGUAAACAUUAUUUUUGUUGUGUGCUCUAAAUAUUACUUAUUUCUGGUGCUUUGACAUAUCGCAGGAUUUUCUGGUUAAUAUUCGUGGCAAUGUCCUGGUACGGGUCAUCUCUUCUUAUAGAAGCUCAAUACUACGCCUUCCAGAAUAAUCCUAUUUCUUUUGUGGUGGAAACUACGUACAAAGACUGGCAAACUCAUUUUCCAUCCGUGGCGGUCUGCGAACAUGAUAAUUCCGCACGUAUUGAACAUGUUUCUGAUAUGGUCUGGGGAGAAGAUCACGAUUUUAACAUGGAAGAAGUUUUAAAAGAACUGGCUUAUUUCAAAGGGAUAACUUAUUACACGUCGCAAUUCUGUGGGUUAGAGGACCCCUUGCCAGACUGCGUCAAAAGCAACCUCAGUUACUACGCCAAUCUGGUUAGGACUCCUUGUGAAGAAAUGUUGACCAACUGUUCUUGGAACGACCAACCCUUCAGUUGCUGUGCAUACUUCAGACCAUUGGACACAGAACUUGGCACAUGUUUUGCCGUUAAUACAAUACA